AUGGCGUUCUCGUGGCCCUCGGCCCUCCGCCUCGCCGUCGGCGCCGCCCUGCUCACGGCCGCCGGCGUCGCGCUCUUCACGCUCCCCGUCGAGAAGAUUUUGAAGGAUUUUCUUCUUUGGAUCAAAGAGAACCUGGGUGCAUGGGGUCCUUUGGUAUUGGCCCUUGCUUACAUCCCUUUGACGGUCUUAGCUGUUCCAGCCUCAAUACUCACACUUGGAGGUGGUUAUCUAUUUGGCCUGCCCGUUGGGUUUGUUGCUGAUUCUAUUGGAGCAACAAUUGGUGCAACUGCUGCAUUUUUGCUUGGUAGAACGAUUGGAAGGCCGUAUGUUCUCUCCAAAUGCAAAGAUUACCCCAAGUUUCAAGCAGUAGCUAUAGCCAUCCAAAGGUCUGGCUUCAAGAUCGUGUUGCUACUACGGCUUGUACCUCUACUUCCAUUUAACAUGUUGAACUACCUGUUGUCUGUCACUCCUGUUGGCAUUGUGGAAUACAUGCUGGCUUCUUGGCUGGGAAUGAUGCCAAUCACUCUCGCCUUGGUAUAUGUGGGAACAACACUAAAAGAUCUAUCAGAUGUGACACAUGGAUGGAGUGAGAUCUCCACUACCAGAUGGGUUCUCAUAAUUUCUGGCUUUGCAAUGUCCAUUCUCUUGAUUAUAUGCGUCACAAGAGUCGCAAAAUCUGCUCUGGACAAGGCGCUGGCAGAGAAUGGGGAGGCGGAUCUAGGAGCCCCGCAGCUUCCGGUGGCGGCCUCUCCCUCGGAUCUGCAUCAACCUCUUGUAAUCAGGAUUGACACCUCGAACGAAGAUCACGAGAAGUAA